AUGACGUUCUGGAAUUCUAUGUUAUCCAAAUCUCAAGCUGUGUUCAGCUCAAUUAGAAAAGUACCAACGAUGAAAAUAUUUGAAAAGAUCAUUUUGCCGGACAAAAUGUUGGAGGCAAACUUGAGAACCACGAAAGAUAACUACUUUUCUUCGUAUGGUUAUAUUAUGUCUGGAAAAAUGAAAAGCAUGACUACAUCGAAGGAUGUCAUGUUUAAAGUGGCGGAUUUUUUGAAAGUCAAAGGAGGUAUGGGUGCAGCAAUCGAAAAUCACGGUCCAGGAGUAGAUAAUAAAUCACGCACAGAACUGUUCCGAGUAGCAAAACUAUUUACUAGUGCUGUGGCCACCACUCAAACCCCUGAAACCAAACCGGCAGUUGCUGUCAAUAAUGAAUCAAUUAUUGUGCCGGGGUUCCCAAAACCUAAUGGCCAACCCCAGCCGAAUCCGUUCGACGGUCCUGAACGUGAUCUAAUUAAUUAUCCUAGAACGGUGAGGUUAAAAUUGUUCGUGCCCGAAAAGUGGUGUGAAAUAUUUUACGAAGAGACUGGAGUCACAGCAAUACGGGUAGUUGUCCAUAAAUUCCACUAUGAAUUGGCUACAAUCGGUUUGUUUUACGUUGUUUGGGAAAUAUUCGCAUCUUUAGCUGAUUUCCUUGACAAAAAAAUUCGUGAAUACAAAACGUCUUGUAAUGCUAGUCGAAAAGGUGAAAUCGACAGUUUAAAAGAAACCGUUGAAAACCAAAAAAUAGAAAAAAAUAGAACUGAAGCUGAAAAACACGUAUUACAAGCAGGGAUGGGCAAGAUACUCAAAAAUCAGUAUCGAGAUACAAAACGGGAGAAUGUAGCUAUUCAGUUGGAAGCUGUUUAUCGUGAACGGCUCGUUCAAGCCUACAAAGAGGUAAAAAGACGUUUGGAUUAUCAUGUGGCUUUGGCUGACUUGACACACACGGUACAACAUAAAACUAUGGUCAACUGGAUCGUUGAAAAUGUUCUGAAGUCAGUAGCAGAUGAACAGGAAAAGACAAUUUUUAAAAAAUGCAUGUUACAUCUGCAAGCAUUAGCCGCGAAAGCAUAA